AUGACCCCUCGCAAUCCCCCAAUAACCUUCACCCACCCCACGGCGCUCCUCCUCAUCGACAACCAAACCGCCUUCACGCAUCCAACCCACUGGGGCCCCUCACGAUCCAACCCACUCUACGAGCCCAACAUCCAGUCCCUGCUGGUCGCCUUCCGCGCGGCUGCCGCAGCGCAGACGACGACGCCCACUCCCACCAUGGAAGUCAUCCACGUCUUCCACACCUCGACGGAGCGGGACUCGCCCUUCCAUCCGGCCGCCCCCGUCAACGGGCGCCAGCCGCUCGACUUUGCCGUCCCGGUGCCGGACGGCUCGGAGCCCGUCUUCUGGAAAUGCGUCAACUCGAGCUUCGUCGGCACGGGGCUGGAAGCCCACCUGCGCGCGCGCGGGAUCCGCCAGUUAAUCGUGACGGGUCUGACCACCGACCACUGCGUGUCGACGACUGUGCGCAUGGCGGCCAAUCUCGGCGUGGUGGAUCGCGGUCGUAGUGCUGAGGGGGCGGAUGGUCUUGUCCCCGUGGAUCAGCGCACGGGAGCGCAUGCGAUUACCCCGACGGGGGAUCCAGGGCGCAUCCUCUUGGUGGGGGAUGCGACGGCGACGUGGGCGAAGGGGGGCUUCGAUGCGGAGACGGUGCACGCGGUUUCGUUGGCGAGUUUGGAUGGCGAAUUCGCGGAGGUGGUCAGGACCGAGGAGGUAGUCCAAGCUCUGAGGAGGCUUACAUAG